GCCUUCCGGGCGUGUGUUUCCGGCGUCGGCGGCCGCGGCCGGGGACGGUGUGAGAGCGGUAAGAUGGCGGCGGCGGCGGUGGUGGAGUUCCAGAGAGCCCAGUCUCUACUCAGCACCGACCGGGAGGCCUCCAUCGACAUCCUCCACUCCAUCGUGAAGCGUGACAUUCAGGAGAAUGACGAGGAGGCGGUGCAGGUCAAGGAGCAGAGCAUCCUGGAACUGGGGUCUCUCCUGGCCAAGACUGGACAAGCUGCAGAGCUUGGAGGACUCCUGAAGUAUGUGCGACCCUUCUUGAAUUCCAUCAGCAAGGCUAAAGCCGCUCGUCUGGUCCGAUCUCUUCUUGAUCUGUUUCUUGAUAUGGAAGCAGCUACAGGACAGGAGGUCGAGUUGUGUUUAGAGUGCAUCGAAUGGGCCAAAUCAGAGAAGAGGACUUUCUUACGCCAAGCUUUGGAGGCAAGACUGGUGUCUUUGUACUUUGAUACCAAGAGGUACCAGGAAGCAUUGCAUUUGGGUUCUCAGUUGCUUCGGGAGUUGAAAAAGAUGGAUGACAAAGCCCUUUUGGUGGAAGUACAGCUUUUAGAAAGCAAAACCUACCAUGCCCUGAGCAACCUGCCAAAAGCCCGAGCUGCCUUAACCUCUGCUCGAACCACAGCAAAUGCCAUUUACUGCCCCCCUAAAUUGCAGGCCACCUUGGAUAUGCAGUCAGGUAUUAUCCAUGCAGCAGAGGAGAAGGAUUGGAAAACUGCAUACUCAUAUUUCUAUGAGGCUUUCGAGGGUUAUGAUUCCAUCGAUAGCCCCAAGGCCAUCACAUCUCUGAAGUAUAUGCUGCUGUGCAAAAUCAUGCUGAACACCCCAGAAGAUGUCCAGGCUUUGGUGAGCGGGAAGCUUGCACUUCGGUAUGCAGGGAGGCAGACAGAAGCAUUAAAGUGUGUGGCUCAGGCGAGCAAGAACAGAUCACUGGCAGAUUUUGAAAAGGCCCUGACAGACUACCGGGCGGAGCUCCGGGACGACCCCAUCAUCAGCACACACCUGGCCAAGCUGUAUGAUAACCUACUGGAACAGAACCUGAUCCGGGUCAUCGAGCCCUUUUCCCGAGUACAGAUUGAACACAUAUCUAGCCUCAUCAAACUCUCCAAGGCCGAUGUGGAAAGGAAAUUAUCACAGAUGAUUCUUGACAAGAAAUUUCAUGGGAUCUUGGACCAGGGGGAGGGUGUCUUGAUUAUUUUCGAUGAACCCCCAGUAGAUAAAACGUAUGAAGCUGCUCUGGAAACAAUUCAGAACAUGAGUAAAGUAGUGGAUUCCCUCUACAACAAAGCCAAGAAGCUGACAUAGAGUUGGAUCUGUAGCGGUCCUUUGGAGAGUGUGUGUGGCGGGAGAGUGAAACCUUUGGGGAAAUGCUAGGAGAUUCUUUUUUCUUUCUGUUCUACUUUUCGCUCGGAAAGUUUUUAAAUCCUCAUUUGGUGCAUCUGUAUUCCAGCCGAUAGGUGUGCCAGUUUUCAUGUAAUCUUUACUGGCCCGACUUGGGAGUGGGGAAAUUGCUUAAAAAAAAAAAGAAAAAGAAAAAAAAAAGGUUAUUCUAAAUAAAAGGAAAAAGGCUUACACUA